CAAGAAGGCGCGUCAAAGAAUCAGUUAUGGUGAGACUCCCCGCCUGCAUUCCCGCCAUCUGUCCAUUCCAUUCCGUUUCUUUCCUUUCCUUUGCAGUUCGAAGUGCACACAGAUGCUUGUUAAUGAGCCCACCCCGCACGCGACCGACGGCCCAGAUCAGACGAACCACAGCUCUCGUGCGAAUGUCCGGGAGAUGGACCAUGCACAACAGCGCCGUUAACGAGACUCUGGUUUCCGACUGCUAACCGCCUCUUCCCAGUGCUCGAGAAUGCCAAAUCCUCGGCAGGCGGCCAUCGCCUCGGCGUCAAUGGCCUCGCCGUCGAUGCGGACAACGCCAUCCUCUACUCUGGUGGCCGAGACGGUAUGAUUUGCGCCUGGGACCUGAACCUUGACCUACGGCACCGAAACGACAUCAUCGACGAUGCAUCCGCAAAACCAAAGCCGACCACGACGUUCCGAGCCCAGACACAGGCGCAUAUGCACUGGAUCAACGACCUCGCUCUAGCACAGCACAACACCGCCUUGGUAUCGGCAUCUUCCGAUCUCACUGUCAAAGUGUGGCGACCACACUCUCAGGAAGAUAGCACCCGCGCCCAGAAGAUUGGAGAGCACGACGACUACAUCAAGUGCGUCGCAACGCCGCCAAGCGAUAUGAAUGCCAACUGGGUUGCCUCAGCGGGCCUGGACCGCAAAAUCUGCCUCUGGGAUCUCAAUGGCGGGGGCAAGACGCUCGAGGUCAACGUCAAGGGCGAGGAGACGACCGAGAAGGGAUCUGUCUACGCUCUCGCCGUCGGUCGCAACCUCAUUGCCAGCGGCGGCCCAGAGAAGACGGUCAAGCUCUACGAUCCUCGUACUGGCUCCAAAGUCUCCAACCUCGUCGGUCAUAUAGACAAUAUUCGCGCCAUCCUAAUCGACGACGUCGGCGAUACCAUAUUGAGCGCCAGUGCCGACAAGACUAUCAAGAUGUGGAGUGUCAAGGGCGGUCGUUGCAUGUACACGUUUACAAUGCAUGACGAGAGCAUCUGGUCUCUGUAUUCGGAUGACCCUCGCCUCGGCAUCUUCUACAGCAGUGAUAGGUCGGGUCUCGUCGCCAAGACCGACGUACGAGGUAGCCUAGAGGACAUGGAUGAUGGAUUAAGUCUCGCUGUUGCACAGGAGCAUUUCGGUGUCUCCAAGGUUGUGGCUGCAGGCGGUCACAUCUGGACAGCUACGAACCGAUCGUCAAUUAACCGCUGGGAAGACGUGGACACAGGCGCAAACCUGCCGCUUCCCGAAGAGUACCGCCGUCAGCGCGCAAUGUCAGCUGCGUCCAACAAGACAAGACAAUCAACGGCAACUACUCAGCCGCAAACGAAUGGGUCGUCCAAGAAGGAAAAGGAGAUACCCGCCGAGUCGAUUCUGAGAAUAUCCAACACAGCCACCUUCCCGUCGCGCACGCCUCUGGACCCAGAACCAACCCCCGGUAAUGACGGCUUAUCAAGAAAGAAUUCGGAAGUGGUCGUGGAACAACCCGAGCCGGAAAUCAAGCCCAUCCACACCCUGCCAGUAGAGACAAUUGAAGGUCAAUUCGGCCUUUUGAAGCACAAGCUACUCAAUGAUAGGAGGAGGGUCUUGACUUUGGAUACGGCUGGCGAUGUAUUGCUGUGGGAUUUGAUCAAGUGUAAACCUAUCCAGAGUUUUGGAAAGCAACAUCUCGAAGAUGUCGAGAGGCAGGUUAAUACGCGAGAAGCAGUGGCUCCCUGGUGCUCAGUUGAUUUGAGCUCUGGCAAUCUCACUGUCGUGUUGGAGCCCUUCAACUGCUUCGACGCCGAGGUGUACGCUGACGAACUCGAAUUGGACGAGCCCAUUGAAUUCAGGGAUGAUCAAAGAGUGAGCCUCGGCAAAUGGAUCCUACGGUACUUGUUUGCCAAUCUUAUUGACGAGGAAAUCCGACGCGACGAGUCACAUCGCUCAAAGCUGAACGAGGGCGUGGAGAAAAGACAGGCUGCCACCCGGGCAGAAGCGCCCACGUCAAUCGUCAUUCCCGGGCCUGGCAUUGGAGCUAUGUCAGAUCAGCUCCUGACACCACGCGCGAUUGCUCCUCAUCUUCAAGUGACCACCCCUGGUCUGGCGAUUGGGCUGGCGUCACCUGGUGUCCAAAUGACGCUCCAAGGCGUGCCAGAGGAAGCAGUUGCGAGUCCUUUGGAAAGGGAAGCUUCUCGUCCAUCAGCUGAGAACGACUACUUCACAGCUGGCAUUGCGCCAGCUGGUGGCACCGCGGCUGCUCCUGCGGCGGCAGAGACAUCAGAACCAAAAACGUCUACGGAUAAUAGCAACGAGAAAUCCAAGGAAAAAGAAAAGGCUGCCGACAGUAAAUCACCAUUCAGCAGAAAAUUCCGCAUGUCAUUCAGCUCCAAGAGAAUCGGCCGGUCGGCAUCUCAGGCAACACAAGAGAAGCCCGUCGUUGUAGACGACAAGGCCGACGAGUCUGAGUCUUCUUCCAAUCACGAAAAGGAGGUUGAUGACAGCUUCUUUGGCGUGAUUCAGAAGAUCCGAAACGAAUAUGACAAGCAAAUUGCCGAGUCUCCCGAUAAGUUCGUCGAGACACGAGUAACGCCGAGCUUGCCAUCCGACACACCCGUUUUGAAACUUCCUCUCGGGACCAAGGUCAUUAUACAGGAGGAAACGUCGGGUGGCAGUGCAAACCUGUACCAAGGGACGGUGGAGAAUCUCGGCAGAGAUGCCGAUAUCAUCGAGCAAAAAGCGCCCAUGUGGCUCGGUGACGUGUUACUACAGAACCAGAUCCCCCUGAAAGACCCCGUCAAGAUAUCCUUUGUCUUGCAACCCAUGGGCAACCUGCCUCCCAUUGCCACGGAUGGUAACAGCCGUCUAAACGCAAACCGGAUGCUGCGGGUGAAGAAGAUUCUGGGCUAUGUUUCCGAGAGGAUUGAGCCAGAGCAAGAGGAGGACCCUAGCGCCCUCAAGCCCGAAGAGUAUCUCGAACUGUAUUGCAAUGACCAGCUCCUUCAUCCAACAAUGAACCUGGCCACCCUCCGGACCCACGUCUGGAAAGGCGGAAGUGACAUUAUGCUCUAUUACAAAGCCAACGGCCGCAAAGAGAUCCUCCCAUUGCCAACAAUCUCUAGUACACAGUCCGCAGACGCGAGCGUACCACCAGUCCCACCACUGCCCACAGGAGAGGCGGCGACUGAGACUACCAACGGUGUAUAAGUGUGAACGGCAACGCAAUUGUUUGUUAUACCUUGUUCUAUGCUUUCUUUUAUAUAUCAGAUCCCUGACAGCGUCACGUUAAACAUGAUUUUUCUUCUUUCUCUCUCCUUGAUCUAUAAUUUAUGUCCGCGCCCGAAGAUAUAUGGUUAUCCUCUAAACAGUUGUCUGUGUCGUCUAUUCUCAUGUCGUUACUAUACAAAAUCAUCAUGGAUGGAGGGGAAGGAGGAUAUACAGUAUUGAUACGCUGGUCUAUUCAUACAAAGAGCCCUCCUAAUUCUUGUUCCUGUUUAUACAGCCAAGUUGAUACAUAUAUAUAUCCCCGUCGCCAUAGCGCCGAUCUAUAUAGUCCCAUUUUGAUUCUUGUUUUCCC